AGGGUGUGUGAUGCUCUUUUGUGUGAUCCUUCCAGAAGUGCCAUCAUGUCUCCAACCUGUGACCAUGGUCUGGCUGAACAAGAACUAGAACUUCAUAUUUGUUCGUAAUAUUAAGGCAUAAACUCACAUGAUAGCAGCAUGGGAAUAUCGGAUAAGGAAGCGUUUAGGAUCCUUGGCCUUCCUCUAGGUGUGGAUAAGGAUGCCAUUAAUGAAAGAUAUAAGUUAAUGAGUAGUAAACUCUCUGCUAGCAAAUCUCUAGAUGAUAAAAAAAAACUGGAACAGGUGGUUGCUGCUUAUAGCCAACUUUUACCACCACCGCAUCACAAAAUACAGCAGAGUAAACAAAAUAAUAGGGCAUCUAAUGCUAAAGGUCAUGCAGUUGUGUAUGAGGAUGAUGAUGACUCUGAUGAUGAUAGCUCUGAAGAUGAGUGGCGAGUUUUAUGCCGCAAUGGAGAUACACAAAAUCAUCUUUCAAAAACUAACGUUGACCUAACAGAUGCUGAGAAAGAGAAAAGAAAAGCUGAAAAAAGAAGAGCAAAAAAGAAAAGAAGGAAAGAAAAGAAAAAAUCAGGAAAAUUAGAAAAUCAAUCUAAUCAAAAUUCUAAUAAUAGCAAUAGUAAAAGAGAAGACGAUUCUGGGUCCAACGAUGAAGACGAUGACGAUGAUGAUGAAGAUGAAGAUGAAGGUCAGGGUUUGGAUCCUAAAUCAGCCUUUGUUGCAACUGCAGCAGGAAAAAAAAUAGGACUUGGUGCCACGUCUAAACAUGAAGUUCGACGGAAAGCUCUGAGUAAAGGAGGGAGUCAUGAAGAAGACGAUGGUAAUACUGCAAGCAUUGACCCAGUGGUGCUACAAUCCCGCCAGUUGGCCAUCCGAGGCAAUGAGGCGGCCAAUGUAGGACAAUAUUCUGUAGCUGUGCGCCUUUUUUCUGAUGCCAUCCGCCUUGAUCCUAAUGAUCACCGUUUCUUUGGCAAUAGAUCCUACUGCUAUGAUCAGCUAGGACAGCAUGAAAAAGCAUUAAAGGAUGCUGAGAAAGCAAUUAAAUUAGCACCCCAGUGGCCUAAAGGACAUUUCAGAAGAGGCACUUCACUUAGAGGAUUAGGAAAAUAUAUAGAUGCUGAAUCUGCCUUUGAAGAAGUUCUUCGUUUAGAUAAAGGUUGUCAGGAAGCUCAGGAAGAAAUUCGGAAAGUUAGAAUAGUUCGUAUCGUUGAAAUGGGAUUCACGGAAAGACAAGCUAACAAUGCAAUUGCUAGAUAUAAUCAUGUACAGCAUGCCUUAGAUGCUUUGUUAGCCGGAGAGUUUAAAGAGUCGCUAGAAGAUGUAUUUUACUCGGAUGAUGAAGACGAGUUCCUUAAACGAGCAAAAAUAACACAGGGUUCUAAGGACGUUAAAAUGAAGACGUUCACUGCGUAUGAUGAUACGCAUUUAGCACGGAACCGUCAUGCCAGUCCAAGAAAUCCAGAAGGAUUGACAUCGUUAUGGGUUGGCAAUGUUUUACCAGAAGUUACGGAAAUUAUGCUUAGCCAGUUGUUUUCAAAACAAGGUCGUGUAACUAGUGUCCGUCUUCUGAAAGAAAAAUACUGCGCAUUUGUUAACUAUGCAGAUAAAGUUGCUGCUGGUCGUGCAAUGGAAGCGUUACAAGGUCACGAGUUUUGCGGCCAGAAGCUUCUUAUUAAAUUCCCAGAUAAUCCCAUAGUUAGCAGUGCUCAGAAUGCUAUCAUCAGGAAAAACAAGCCUCAGAUUAUAAAGAACAACGUGAAAGUUAAUGGUGUCCCAGGUACUACUAUCAUUACUGCUGCCCAAGCCCACGCCCAAGCCCAGGCCCAGGCCCAGGUUCAGGCUCAUCUACAGUCAAACGGCGCCAAACUCAAGGGACCAGUUAAUGGUGAUGAAUGUUAUUUUUGGCGCACAACAGGAUGUGCCUUUGGUGAUGCCUGCAAACACAAGCACAUUCCAAAAAAUAAAGGAGUUGAUAGAAAACCGUGGCAAAAAUAAUUUACUUCUAUGACCUGACAGGGUAUUUCUCCUAUUCGAAAUGCAGCGAUUUUGAUAAUAUACAAUGGUAUUGUUAAUUUAACGUAAAAAAUAGAUAAAAAGAAUACUAUACUUCCUCUCAUUCACUAUACAUUUUUUUUUUUGGCAAGAUUUGGAAGUUAGUUUAUUUCGAAAAAAAUUUUCAGAUGCCUUGAAUGUGGUGCUUAUCAACCAUUGGAACAUUUACUGUGCUCUAUCAAAAGCAGCACUGAAGACUUUAUUAAAGAGACCACGUUUUGUGUCUCAAAAUAAUGACCUGUAAUCCUCUUUGUUUGACAGGUAUAAGGUGGUUGAUUUGUUAUUGUGAAUUGUUUUGCAAGAUAACCAUAUACAGUACAUUUUUCUACCAAACGUCUUGAGAAGCUGUUAAUUCAUAUUUUGACCUCCUUUGUGAUUUAUAUUUUGAAAUGUAGUUUUAUAUAAAACAUCUUACAAAUGUAUAUUAUCUUUUUUUUUUUUUAGCUAUACGAUUUAAAGUCAUUUUGUUAAGCCAAAGCUAGGGGAGAGAGAAUUGUUUUUUGUUCAGUUUUUGUGUGGUAAAAAUUAUAUGAAAAUAUGUAUCAUUUAUAAUUUAUUGCAGAUUAUACAAUACUAACUUAAUAAGAGAUUUAUAAAUACUAUUUUAUCAUUCCAGAAAGUUACACACAUCUAAUAUAUUUUGCAUCAUUGUUUUACUUGACAGUGAUGAAUGGCUUUUUGGACUAAUAUCCUCAUACUAUUAAAUGAAAAGAGUGCAGCACAAAACUUUAUGCAUGCCCAUUGGAAGAAAAAAUGUGUUAAUGCAAUAUCCAUUAUGUUUCAGUUAUGCCUUCACUAUACAUUUAGGUUAAGUUGAAAACAUAUUCAGGGGUUUCUGAGGACACUGUGGUAGAAUGCCCAGUUUGUAAGCUGCAUAUACAAAGUGGGACUUUGAUAUUUAACUGAAGUAUGUAUAGGUGUUAAUAUCUGGAUAAAUAACUUAAAAAUGUUUCAAAGAUUAUUUGGCACAUAAUUCUUUAGCAGCAUUGGUAUUAACAAAGUAUAUCGGGUAAAACAUUAGUAAAAAAAAACAGUACACUCUUUCAAUACAGGGAUGUUUGAAAAUCAAUGCAUUAUGAAAAAUAGCUUUGCGAAGUGAAGGUAAUAGAAAUAGGGUCUUGCUCCAGUGACCCCCAAAUUUGCUGAUUAUCUUUUUUUUGACUUUCUUCUAGGUACAGAUUGACAGUUUAUCUUGCCUUACAUUAUAGUUGUCAUUGCUCUUUGAUAUGGAAGCAUGUGGAGAAGGUUGAUAUGACUACUGGGCUUAGGUGAAUGGAUGUGGUUCUUGCUGUAAUGUGUACGAAGAGUUGCCAGUAGCUGAUGGUUGUACUGGAAUGCUUAAGUACAGUGGAACCUCGGUUUUCAUUUGCCCAGGUUUCUCGUCGAAUUCAGUUUUCGAUGGCUUUUUUCAUCAAAAUUUUGUCCCGGUUUUCGUUCGUCACCUCAGUUUUCGUCGAGUUGGCAGUGAUCUGCUGUACCGAAUGUGUCCGCCCGCACCCACACAAAGCAUCCCAUGCAUUUUGAAUCAAUCUGGCUUUGUUUCUUGUCAUUAGAGGGUGGUAGUGGUUGUGAUGGUGGUAGAGAGUGGUAGUGAUAGUAGUAAAGGGUGGUAGUGAUGGUGGUAGAGAUAACCUCUCCUCCCUCUCUCCUCUUCGCUGUCAUCCAUAUGCCAACAAGAGUCUUCAGUUAAGGUAAAAGUGAUGUUAAAUGUUCAUUUAUCCAUUUCAUUAGUCCUUUAUAUUGAUUUCUCAUUGUUUUCUGUAUGUACAACUAUAAUUAUUCUCUAUAAAAUGUAUUUUUUGAUAAUACUUUUGGGUGUUUAUAGCAGAUUAAUUGGAUUUACAUUAUUUCUUAAGGGAAAUAUUGCUUCAGUUUUCGUCAGACUUUCUGGAACGAAUUAAUGAUGAAAACCGAGGUUCCACUGUAUUAGGUAAUGCAUAUCUUGUAUGUUUGACCCUGCAAUACUUUUUACAGCUAAAAAUAAGGCAUCAUUGCUUUCCAGAAUUCUCUUUCAGGUCAGUUCUUCUAGAUUUGUUAAGGUAUUUUUCAGUGAAAAAUUACUCUUGUAACUCCUGCAAUUGUAACUGUUUAUCUUCAAGUUUUUCUUCCUCGUUUUCUUUGUAAGCUACCUCUCUACUAACUUGGAAUUGAGAUACUCCAGGAUUUCUUCUGCAAUUGGUUCUUCACACAUCCUAUUCUAAUACAUGUAGUAUGUAUUUCACAUAUGUCACGUUCAUGCAUAUCUCCAAAACCUCACGUCUUAGUCCUUGCUGGAUCCGCAAUUUCCUAAACCUGACUCCUUGCUGAGGAAAACCCAGAGAACUUGCUCACAACAGAAAACCACAAUUAAUCCCAUUGUUUACUGACCGAGGAAUUUCUUUCCAAGAUACUUUGACAUUCACAGGUGCAUCUGUACAUGUAAUAGUAAAUUUAUACCAAAAGUCUGGCAUGCCAGUCUCCGAGCUGUUAUCCAUUUCUCCAAUUAUUUUUUUCAUUACUGUACCUGGCAUGUGCAGUGACACUUAUCAUAAUAACUCCUUGAUCCAGUGGCUGUAUCAGAGAUGUUGGAUUGGGUGACGAAAAAACAACUUUUACAUUUGGGUUCAUAGACUCCGAGAUUUGAGGAUGAGUAUGGGAAUUAUUAAGAGAGGAAAACCUUGACCAAGUACACUUUGGCUUCAGGAAUAAAGUAAUGCUUUAACCACUCAACACACAGAGCCUGUCAUCCAUGUUUCCUUGUUAAAUUGCCAAAUAACAGGCAAACAGGUUUUUGCCUGUAUUUGGUCUUGACCUUUUAAAGCACAAGCAUUCUUUGUGAUAAAUUAGCAAAGACUUUCACUUUAAUUCACCUAUUUCAUUUGCAUAAAGCAAGGUGAAAUGAUCCUUAGCUGUCUUGACAAGAACCACUUUUUUUUUUUUUUU